AUGCCCGAACCCUCUCCCCAGCUGAAGGGUCUCAAGAAAGUUCUCUCCAACAGGCGGCGCUCGUCUGAACUUGUGGGCGAUGAGACCAUAAAAGAUUUGCGCACCGACUCCCUUGAUUCCAUCACACUGGACAAAUCCCCCACGAGACACAGUGCUCGCUCAAUCAGUCAAGAUGGCAGCAGCAAAUCUGGCAGCAGUGGAGUGCGCAAACUGCUGCCUGGCCACAGCAAGCGACAGAGGAGGAAGCAGCGCGAACUCGAGCUGAAGGCUGCUGUUGAAGACUUGGCAAGAGGAAGAACUGGUACUGGGUUGAGUGUAAAAUCUGUCGCAACGCCCUUGAGCAGGAGAGCGAGCAGUCACAGUCAAGGCGGUGAUGGCGAUGCCAAUCUUCUGACGGACGACUCAGAGGUCGAAACGCCCCCUCUGGUCACCCGCGACUCUCACACUGGUUUUGCGUCCAUGUCCUCGCCUUUAAUAUCUACAACGACCACCCGCAGCGAUGGUGAAUCAUUACAGAGUCCCACCAAAGAUUUAUCGAUGAGCAACAUCCCGACCCUCAUUGAGCCUGCAGCGGAUGACAACUCUCCCUCACCCAAGACCACACCUUUGCCUAACUCUGUUCCGGCCUUGUCCUCUUCCCCUGGUUUGAUUGAUCGAGCAGAUACUCUGAAACCAGAAUCUCGUCGUAACAGCAUAGGCAAGCUUCGAGGCAAAUCACCUGGAAGGAGGCUUAGAGAUGUCUUUGGUAAGCCAAGCAGGAGUCCGAGAGCUAGCCCCGAGUGGAAGGAAAACGAGCCAGUUGCUGGUGUUGCUAGCAAUGAAAGCCUCACUAUGGAAUCGAAACAUGGUGAAGAGCAAAAACCCCUCGAGUCCACAGAGGCGGUUCCCCCAACGCCAAAUAUCCCCCAGACCAGUUCAAUGCCGAACCUCGAAAGUACUCUACGCCCUCUGACGCCUCCUGCCGCUCUCAUUGGCGCUCCGCGUACCACCGUUACUCCUCCUACACCUACUGACACCCGUUUUGACACAACAACUGGGUCUCCAAGUACGGACAAGCCAGAGUCCAAGUCCACGCCAGAAGGCUCGAAUAUUGUGGUAAGUCCUUCGGGCAACAUGAUAUCGCAUCGGAGGAUCCGUUCAGCCUCUUCCAUCACACAUCAGCCCAGCAAGCUCUCCACUUCAGUCACUGCUCCACUGGCGCCUGCCCCGGAGGAGAAGAGAACGCCGUCCGGAGGUAUAUUCUCUUCUUGGGUCUCCGCGGCACAGAAUGCCGCGUCGUCUAUCACGAACCUGACAGGGCAGAGCCGAAACCGCGCCGGUACUAAUGCCUCAGACGCCACUGCCAAGCAAAGACCCGUCGACGAACCCAUCAAGGAAGAAGAAGAAGCAGAAGCCCCUGAACCAGAAAUCCCACGCAAGCAGUUGGCGGUGGAGACACUGGGUUCGGGUGAUUUGAACUUCGAAGAUCUCGGUCUGAAUGCUGAGGAUAGGACCGCCUCCGCCACCAAGCCUGAUACGACAGAUGGCAAGAGAGACGUCACCGCAGAAAAGGACGAGGUUGCUGCUAAAGUGGAGGACGCUCUGGCGAAACGCGCCGUCUCGGCUGCGUAUGAGAAAUCGUCAAAUACGACAACUCCUGUGGCCGAAAUUCCUGAUCCCGUGGGCAGUAGCAUGAGGCAUGCACAAGCGAUUGCGGCGGCAGCCAACGGGGAAAGGACGCCUCCCAAUGGCAGUGUUUUCGAGGGCGAGCUGGGUUCGGUCAAGCGAACGGCGAGUGUUCGCAGCAGACUUGGAAAACGAAGGUCGCGCGGCUCGUCCACAGCUACUGGCCAGUCCGCAAUUGGUGCUAUAAUAGGAGCGAGUACUGCGACAUUGGCGAACCCGGCCAAGGGGCCUCGACUGACGGGAUUCACAAUGGCUCCCAAGCAACGCAAUCGAAACUUCCACCAACAGUUUCGGAGUGUUCCUGAAGACGACUAUUUGAUCGAAGACUACAGUUGUGCUCUGCAAAAGGAGAUCUUACUCGCCGGGAGGAUAUACAUUUCUGAAGGCCACAUAUGCUUUUUCAGCAACAUUCUUGGGUGGGUGACGACCGUGGUGAUUUCUUUCGAGGAGGUCGUCAGUAUAGAGCGGGAGAACACGGCAGUCGUGUUUCCCAACGCCAUCGCCAUCCAGACAUUACACGCUCGCCAUACCUUUCGAAGCUUAAUAUAUCGAGAGCAGACUUAUGAUCUUCUGAUCGGGAUCUGGCGCGUCAGCCAUCCGGCAAGCUUUCAAAAGAGCAUGAAUGGGAAGCAAUUAGCCGCGGAAGAGGCCGGUGUAGCCGCUGUGGAAGAGAAUGGAGCCAGUGCUCAGCCCAGUGACGGUAGCUCCACCGAAGACUCGGGCUCAGAAGGAGAUGAGGAUAGUGCUCCAAGUCUUCUCGAAAGCAGUGCGAGCAACGCCGGCAGUGAGCUCGUGGAGGGCAAGACGGUGUCUAGGAAACCGUCCGGCAUGAACGCAAGCGCCGUUGCGCAGACGGCUAGCAUCCUUGCCGGAACAGCAGCCAACGUUCCACAACCACUUGCGGCCCAGGCUGGAUUACUGGAGGCAGCCAAUGACUUUCCGGGGCCGGCGACUCAUUCUCCGACUGAAUGCUCGGACAGUGCUACACAUUACGACAAGAUCAUGAAGGACGAAGUCAUUGCUGCUCCACUAGGAAAGAUAUACUCUUUGUUGUACGGCCCCGAGUCGGGCUUUUUUGUGCGGAAAUUCUUGGCCGAUGAAUGCAAGUGUAUGGAAAUUGCUUUCGAGGACGACAAGAAGGGAUUGAACAACGACAUCAAAAGCAGGCAGUACUCUUACAUCAAGCCGCUCGGAGGAAGCAUUGGACCGAAACAAACCAAAUGCAUCACGACCGAAAAUUUGGAUUUCUUCGACCUCGAAAAGUCGGUGAGCAUCACAUGUACUACACAGACACCUGACGUUCCAAGUGGCAGCGCGUUCAGUACCAAAACUCGCUACUGUCUCUCAUGGGCUCCCGGCAACACGACCAGAUUUCAGAUGAACUGCACGGUCGAAUGGACAGCUAAGUCCUGGCUGAAAGGGCCAAUUGAGAAGGGCGCAAACGAAGGCCAGCAACAGUACGGCGAUAGUCUGGUUAAGGUCCUUAAGGGAGCGGUUAGCGGCCGUCCUAGGGGGACGACGAACGCUAGCAAAGGUUCGAAGCUGACAAAGAAGAAGCGCAAAGGGGAGAAGAAAAGCAAAGAGGAAAAGGUCGAAGAAGAGAAGAAACAGGCAGUCAACUGGGGAAUCUUCGAGCCGUUGCGCCCAUUGUCACCCGUCCUGGACAUGAUCAGACGAUUUGUGACAAUGGAGGUUGUGGUUGCAAUCCUCUUUGUCAUGGUCAUGCUAGUGUGGCUGCGUGGCCCUGCGGGAACAAAUCAGCUCGGUCCGUACAGAUCGCCGGCAGAACGAAUGGCGGCAUACGACUCUCUGUGGAUGCGGGAGGAAAACGAGUUCUGGGACUGGCUUGAGUCUCGCGCCAGUAUCGAUACUAUUUCGCUGCGUGAAAAGUCUACCACCAAAUUUAGCCGAUCAAACAAAGACGAAAGCAGCAAUUCGGCGGGAUCGAGGUUGCCGCGGAAGCAGAGGCAAAAGAGGAGCAGGUCCUCGGCAGGACAAGAUAUGGAGGCUAGGAUCAAAGAAGACAAGUUCAGCCAAAGAGAGAUGGAGGACGCCAUCAAAGUCACGAAGGAGAGGUUGGAAAUUCUGGAAAAAGUCAUGGAGAAGAACAAGCAUUAA